AUGACCCUCCGUGGCAACGUGCUAGGAGGGACAGCACCGUCGGAUGUUGUGGCGCCGCCUCCCUCCUUUCUCCCCCUCCUUCCUACGCACCCCCACGCCCUCCGCUUCCCCAGCCGGCACCUCUACCGCGCGCACCCUCCUCUCCUGCCCACGACGGCCACUGCCAUCGCGGCGUUCGCCCCUCUCCGACGCCACCGCCGCCGCUUAUUUUUUUGGUUUCCCACGCGCGACAAACGCCUCUGCCUCUACCUCCUCCCCGCGCGUCUCCCUCCGCCACCUCCCGCGCUCACCGCCUCCUCUGCCUUCCCGCUGCCACCUCGCCGACGCUCUUCCUCCCCCGGCGCAUCGGCUUCCCAGCGCGCAUCGCCCGCCUCACUUCUUCCCCCGCGCGCGGCCGCUGCCCUCCGCUUACCCUAUCGCCGCCGCCACCAUCUCCCCGCCACGGAAGGAGCAACGAGCGGGGGCGCGGCCGUGCCUGACCGCGGAAUGAGCAUAGGGAGCCGCGCGCGCGUGGAUCAGCCUCCUCCCUGGUGCGCGCUGUCCCCCUCCCACGCCGCCGCUGCCCUCCUGCGUACCCGGAGACGCCCUCCCCUGGGGUGGAGCGAGGCGACGCUGCUGGGGGAGGCGACGGUGAAUCUUGCUGAGUAUGCAAACGCGUUCAAGCUGUUGACCGUGACGCUCGCGCUGCUGCACUUGAUGAGAACUGGCGAUGUUCCAGCGGUGGCGGUGGAGGAUGAUGAUCCAGAGUUUGAAAGGAGUUCACUGCAAUCACCAUGUUCUAGCUCACAUUUGACUCAAUCAAGCUCACUGUCUGCUUCAUCUACAAUAUGACAAUAUUUUGAUGAGCUAAUUAGCCUUGGUCUCCUUUUCCAUAUGUCCAUGAAUCGCUCUUUGUUACAGCAGGAUAUCAAAGAAAAAAAUAUUGAAAUUAGACUGAAGUCAUGAUCCUUUGAUUUAACAUCUGCAAGUAACCAAUUAUGACUUUGGUUAUCCGCUUACUCUGAAACUCUAUUUUGUUUGUGCAGGAGAAAAUAUUCGCUCCUCUUAUACUUGCUGCAAUGCAUAUUUGCCAAUUUAAGUUCCAGGAGUAUAUCCAUGCUAGCAUGAUGCUUGCUUCUGACGUGUCAUGCGCUUUACAAGAACAAGUACAUGGGCAUUGAGUUGCAUCUUGGUGACGAGAUUCUGGAGCUUAUUAGUCCACACAAGUUGAUGAUUAAAGAUGCAAAAGCUGGCAUGACAUCUCUUUAUGUAAAUUGACAAUAGAUAUAUGUUAGCUUCAGUUGCUUAUUGGCUGACGCCCCUUAUUAUGUCCGACCUUCAGGUCAGUACUAAGCAACACUCUGGACUAAGAGUCUUGAGUCGGGUUGUAAGGAUGCAAGUGUACAAACUACUACAAAUAUAUCCUGAGUACAUCUACCUCACUCCGGGUGAUCACUUUCAAUUAACAUUCCCUCGAGAUUUUGUAUGUUCUUUUCAGGAUAGCCAAACUGCUAGCAUGUGCUGUUGCCAGUUCAUUAACAUUUUAGUUUUACUUAUGUGAAGAACAAAAUGGGUCCUGAGUUUUGUCUUCCUCCUGUUUAGCUUUCCGUUAAAGGUGGUCGAAAAGUUGGAGUUUCAAUUGAUUACUCAAGUUUGGACAUGGAAAUUGUAGAAGUUUAAAAUGCUACCGGAAAGCUAUCUGCAAAGGAUGUGGGGAACUCUGUAAGUCAUGCCAUUCUGAGAUCAUUUAUUACUGAGUUUGGAUUAGUUAUACAUUCAGUGUACUUAACUCUUGCACCAUUUAGACUGUAUGUGCCGCUGUUUUGACAAAUGGAGGUACCUCCGUCUGUGAAGAUUUUGGAAUAGUCGAAAUGGAUAUCCCAGUGGCUAUGAUAUUGAAUACUCAAAGUGACCAUCUUUUUGUUGGUUGUAGCAUACCAAUUUAUCCUUCUCUACCUGAGGUUUGCUUUGAUAUAUGCAGUAUUUUAGAAUUUUGCAAUAUUAACCUUCCUCAGUAACCUUUGCCACAAAGAAACUAGCCAUUUAUAUAUGGAUAUAUCAGUGAUAUUAAUGUCGCAA